AUGGAACAGAUCAGCCGUAUUAAAACAACACUUGACGAAGUUGACCUCGACUAUGAUGAAAGAGCCUUUAGAGGUCUAAGUGUGGAAAAACUAUGGGUCCGUGCAUUCUGGCUUAUUAGUGAUAUUGUAAAAUGCGAAAAGAUGCACCCUGCCAUUGCCUGCUACAGAAACCUACUUGAUAGUAUCCUCGAGGACUUGGAGGAAAAAGGACACCCCGAAGGAAUUACUGCUGUCAAUGCAGCCAAGGAUGCACUAAGGGCCUUAGAGGAUGUUGUUAACCGCAAAUGUCAAAUUCUUAGUCUUAGUAAAAAAGCACACGGCACCGAGUUUCCCUAUUACUUUGGAGCAAUUGACGGGUAUCUUAAGGACUAUCCAGGGCUACUCAAAGCGUUUAAAGAUGCACUUAGGAAAGUGUUGCCGCACGUCCGUGGAGACCUGAAGGUUAAAGUGAAUGAGAUGAAGUUGGAGGCUGCUAUGUCUGACUUCUUAAAAGUUCUGAAGAAACAGUUGGAUGGAGAGAAGGUCCAAGAGAGACCUUCCACUUUGGAUAUCUAUAAGUAUCUAAUGAACGAAGUGAAUGAAGUGGAGGUCCCUUUGAAGUCUGUCAUUCGCGAUCUCUUAGGGAUUGAAGGGAAUUAUAACUUUGAAGCCAACUGGAGCUUUUACAGUUAUCCUCGAGAUAUAAAUGAAGCAGCCCUCUACAUCUUUCAAAAAUACUUCCAGCACGACAUUGAUGAGGCUUCUCUUUCCAGGACAAUAAAGAAUGAGCUGGAGUGUCUAGAAAAGGUGAUCUCCAAGGUUCCUAAAUCCUGGAGAGCGCGACUACAGAGGAUUCUUCGGGAUGUCAGGACGGCCUUUGACUCCCUUUCUCAAAAGCUCAAGGCUCUCAGAACAUCAUGUACCCGAGUCAUUGAUGAUGUUGAAAGCAAUGGAAAGUCUUUUUCUGAUGCAUUCAGUGAACUAAACGGAAUGUUGAGGGAAGCAGAAAAAGGCUUGUCUGACCUGAAGGAAAGGAUCUCCGAUCUCGAAAGGGUCCUUCCCUCCUCUCCCCCGAUGAAACUAUGUGAACUCCUAUGCUUUAUGUUCAUUGCCAUUCUGGCCAUCCAUAGUUUUCUUCACCUUGCCGAGGAUAAAAACAGCAGGGUGAAGACAAGAUGGAACACAGCACUGUACUCACUAGCUGUGGCCGGGACCAUCAUGCACCAGAUGUGGGUACUGUGGGGGGGGGGUGGAACUGGCAUGAGGAUGGGACAAGUGAUGUGUUGA